AUGGGGGACACAGCGCCCCCGCAGGCCCCCGCAGGAGGGCUGGGGGGGGCCUCUGGGGCGGGGCUCCUUGGAGGGGGCUCAGUCACCCCUAGAGUGCACAGUGCUAUCGUGGAGCGCCUCCGGGCUCGCAUCGCCGUCUGCCGCCAGCACCACCUGAGCUGUGAAGGACGCUAUGAACGUGGUAGGGCUGAGAGCUCAGACCGGGAAAGAGAGAGCACCUUGCAGCUCCUGAGCCUUGUACAGCAUGGCCAAGGGGCAAGGAAGGCUGGCAAACACACCAAGGCCACCGCCACUGCAGCCACCACUACAGCCCCUCCGCUGACCCCUGCUGCCCCUCCUACAGCCGCUCAAGCAGCAGCAACAGCAGCAGCCCCACCACCCCCACCAGACUAUCACCAUCACCACCAGCAGCACCUACUGAACAGUAGCAAUAAUGGUGGCGGUGGUGGGAUAAACGGAGAGCAGCAGCCACCAGCUUCAACCCCUGGAGACCAGAGGAACUCAACCCUGAUUGCGCUCCAGGGUUCUUUGAAAAGAAAACAAGUAGUUAAUUUGUCUCCUGCCAACAGCAAGAGGCCCAAUGGCUUUGUUGACAACUCAUUCCUUGAUAUCAAAAGAAUCCGUGUUGGGGAGAACCUCUCUGCAGGACAAGGUGGCCUCCAAGUAAAUAAUGGACAAAGUCAGAUUAUGUCAGGGACCUUGCCUAUGAGCCAAGCACCCCUGAGAAAGACAAACACUCUGCCACCGCAUACACAUUCUCCGGGCAAUAGUAUGUUUAACAUGGGCUUAAAGGAAGUAAAGAAGGAACCAGGAGAGACUCUAUCUUGCAGUAAGCACAUGGACAGCCAAAUGACCCAGGAGAAUAUUUUUUCUAAUAGAUUCAGUGAUGACCCUGGAGAGCAGCUGAUGGAUCCUGAGCUGCAGGAAUUAUUCAAUGAACUGACCAACAUAUCUGUGCCUCCCAUGAGUGACCUUGAGCUGGAGAACAUGAUCAAUGCCACCAUAAAGCAGGAUGACCCAUUUAACAUUGACUUGGGUCAGCAGAGCCAGAGGAGCACUCCCAGGCCCUCCUUGCCCAUGGAGAAGAUAGUGAUCAAAAGUGAAUACUCACCUGGCCUGACUCAGGGCCCUGCAGGCUCUCCCCAGUUGAGGCCCCCAUCAACUGGCCCCACAUUCUCCAUGGCCAACUCUGCCCUCUCCACUUCAUCCCCAAUCCCUUCAGUCCCUCAGAGCCAGGCUCAGCCUCAGACAGCCUCAGGAGCAAGCCGGGCCCUGCCAAGCUGGCAGGAAGUAUCCCAUGCCCAACAGCUCAAACAGAUAGCUGCCAAUCGUCAGCAGCAUGCCCGGAUGCAGCAGCACCAGCAACAGCACCAGCCUACCAACUGGUCAGCCUUGCCCUCUUCUGCUGGACCAUCCCCAGGUCCACCAUUUGGACAGGAGAAAAUCCCCAGCCCUUCUUUCGGCCAGCAGCCAUUCAGUCCACAGAGCUCCCCCAUGCCUGGGGUAGCUGGAAGCAGCAGUCAGUCAAAAGUGAUGGCUAAUUACAUGUACAAGACCAGCCCCUCAGCCCAGGGUGGGCACCUGGAUGUGCUCAUGCAGCAAAAGCCUCAGGAUCUCAGUCGAAGUUUUAUUAACAACCCACACCCAGCCAUGGAGCCCCGUCAUGGCAAUACCAAGCCUUUGUUCCAUUUUAACUCAGAUCAAGCAAACCAGCAGAUGCCUUCUGUUUUGCCUUCCCAGAACAAGCCUUCUCUCCUACACUAUACCCAACAGCAGCAACAACAGCAGCAGCCACAGCAGCAGCAACAGCAACAGCAGCAGCAGCAGCAGCAGCAACAGAGCUCAAUUUCAGCUCAGCAACAGCAGCAGCAACAGCAACAGCAGCAGCAGCAGCAGCAGCAGCAGCAGCAACAGAGCUCAAUUUCAGCUCAGCAACAGCAGCAGCAACAGCAACAGCAGCAGAGCUCGAUUUCAGCUCAGCAGCAGCAGCAGCAGCAGCAACAACAGCAGCAGCAGCAGCAACAGCAGCAGCAGCAGCAGCAACAACAGCAGCAGCAGCAACAGCCACCAUCCCAGCCCACUCAACCUCUAUCCAGCCAGCCUUUGAUAAGGCCACCCUUAUCACUUCAGCAAAAGAUCCUGCUUCAGAAAAUGCAAAAUCAACCCAUAACAGGACUGGGGUAUCAAGUCUCCCAACAACACAGACAGGUAAGGGUUCUACUACUACAAACACAGAGUUCCUAG